AUGAUUAAAGAUAGAAAUAACGUUGUAAUAAUCUGUUUUCAGAAAUCGACGCCACAGGACACUCACUAUGUAGCAGCCGUAGUUGAGUACCACAGAUUGACCACCAAUGUUCAAAACAACACCGCUAGAUACGUCAGUCUAAUCCAGGAAGCUGCAAGACAGAAUGCUGACAUAGUGGUGUUCCCCGAGCUGACCCUUACGAACGCGCAAUAUACAUUCGAGGUGCCCAUCAACGGGCUGGUGAAGGAACAGCCUGUACCAGCUCUCUACCCUUCUGGAUAUGAUGAGGCGAUCACAGCGAUAUCACAAGCGGCUUUAGACAACCAGAUCUACGUGGUGAUCAACGGCCGCGAGAGUCUGGACUGCAGGCUCGCAGCCACUAGGGCUGUGGAGUACUGCCCUGAGGAGAAGGCCUACAUCUUCAACACCAACGUCGUCUUCGACAGGAAAGGGGCCAUCAUUGACAGAUACCGCAAAAUCAACUUAUUCGGGGAGGUGGCUCAUACGCCCGCCUUGAGGCCUGAACUGGGCAAGUUCACGACGGACUUCGGUGUGACCUUCGGGCACUUCGUCUGCUUCGACCUGAUGUUCCAGGUGCCAGCCAUACAGGUCGUCCAGAAAGAGAAAAUUAAGAACGUCAUCUUCCCCACCAUGUGGUUCUCCGAGUUGCCAUAUUUAUCUGCUGUUCAAAUUCAAGAAGCGUACGCCUACAGUUUGGACGUCAACUUCUUGGGUGCAGGAGCCAACAACGUACGAGUUGGCAGCGCAGGUUCUGGAAUAUACUCUGGAAAAGCUGGUGCCCUUAUCAGCACAAUGCCGGGAGUAUCGGACACUCGUCUUCUUGUUGCCAGAGUACCUAAAGUGCCCGGACAAAUUACAGAACCAUUCCCGGGUCCGAUCUAUGACAACCCCACGACUCAUGACAACUUGAAGUUGAUCAUCGACCCCUCUCUGGCCUCCCACAAAAGCAGACUGCUGGUACCAGGGUUCCAGGAGUUCACGCUAGAAGACGGUGACGUGUCAUGCACAUUCAGGGUCAAUAUUGGGCGCAGGACUGGCAACGAGGUAAGUUGAUACGAUGGAGGAAAUAUCGU